CCAAAAGGCCUUGUCGCGUCCGUGCGAGUCUCAGAAGCCGGACUGCUGUCAUCUGUACGCCAGCGGCAGCGCUGCGACGAUAACUGCUGCCGGAAGCAGUGCAAGACAGCGUGGAGACACACAGCUCGGGCUCCGGAGAGCUCUGCGGAGACGCAGUCGGAGCGCUCGGUACCCCGUAGAGCGCUGCGGAGAGAGGCCGUCGGAGCGGCGCAUAGCUGAGAUUCGCCGCAUCGGACUAGUCUUAGUCGUAGCGCGGCGCGCCACAUGUCCGGUCGCGCAAGCGGCGUGCUGCUGCACGGUAUGGAGCUAGAAACCUGCCCCUUCGGCGAGCUGCGGCACGGCGCCGCCGCGUACAAUGCAGUCGUGGCUCGCGGGAGAGAGGACGGCGGCGGCGAAAUCCCGAUCGCGGCGACGUGCGUGCAGGUCGACGAGGCCCUGUCGCAGCGCCUGGGUCAAUCGGCGAGGAGCCUCGCGUUCGCCUGGGUCAGCCCAGCGGGUAUGAUUCCAGCAACGCACAUCUGGCCGCUGCGGCCGACGACGGCCUUCCAGCAGUGGGCCCGAAAGGGCCACACCUUCGCGCUGCUCGACAUGGAGCAAGUGGGCGCGACGGGCGGCGCCGACAUCCCCACGGGUGCGCUACCUGUGACGGCGGUCCUGGCUUCGUUUACACCUAUGAGGAAGAAUGGGGAGGACGCGCCGGUGCUCCUUUCUGUAUCGAUGACUACCCCCGCGGUCGCGGCGCUAGCCGGCCUGAGAGGCGGCGAGGGCGUGCACGUGACGGCGCAGCAGUCGCCGCGCUCGGGCGCCAUGGGGGCGCUCUCGUGGCUCUUCGACGAUGAAGUCGGUCUGUGCGAUGCGUCGAUCCUGGCCAGGUACGUCGCGAACGCGGCCCGCAACCCGCAACGGCGGACCAUCAAUUGCAACAACGCGACGUUUCGGAGGGCCGUCGCGCCGUCGCCAGCCGCGGGGGCUUUACUCUACGCGCUUGGGUUCCGGCCUAGUAGUGCGGGACUGACGGUGGGCGCGGUCGACGCCCAGCUCUACGAGGAGAUCGCGGCGCUGCUCCGGGCCCCGCCCGUCGAGCCGCCCUGGGCCGCGUGCCGCGCCGGCGGCGACAACCAGGGCAGGGGGUGGGGUGGGUGGGACGGACCGGCCGCGCGGCGCAACAACUGGAACGGCGGCCGGCGGGGAGGUGCUCCUCCUCCGCCUCCGCCGGGGGCGAACGCGUCGUCGUGGAUCUAG